AUGUUCCGUAACACGGCGAAGCGGGCUGCAAAGGCGGCCAGCGACCUCGCCCAGCUCUCCAAGCCCGGCGACAAGCUUCAUGGCUUUACUGUUUUAAGGACGAAGCAUGUCCCAGAGCUGGAGCUAACCGCUUUGCACCUGCGGCACGAUAAGACCGGAGCCGAGCAUUUGCAUAUCGCCCGCGAUGACAGCAACAAUGUCUUCUCGAUUGGCUUUAAGACCAAUCCGCCCGAUGAUACGGGCGUCCCUCAUAUUUUGGAGCAUACCACGUUGUGUGGCAGUGAGAAGUAUCCCAUCCGGGACCCCUUCUUCAAGAUGCUCCCACGCACACUUUCCAAUUUCAUGAACGCCUUUACGGCGUCCGAUCACACCUUUUAUCCUUUUGCUACUACCAAUGCCCAGGAUUUCAAAAACCUUAUGUCCGUCUACCUGGACGCGACCCUCCAUCCUCUAUUGAAGAAGUCCGACUUCCAGCAGGAGGGAUGGCGCAUUGGACCCGAGAAUCCCCAGGCGCUUGCUGCAGGCGGCGAGGCCAGACCGGAGGACCGGAAGCUUGUCUUCAAGGGCGUCGUCUACAACGAGAUGAAGGGUCAGAUGUCCGAUGCCAGCUACCUUUUCUACAUUCGGUUCCAGGACCAUAUUUUCCCUGAUAUCAACAAUUCGGGAGGUGACCCUCAGAAGAUCACCGACCUUACCUACGAGCAGCUCAAGAAGUUCCAUGCUGAGCAUUACCACCCGAGCAACGCCAAGUUGUUCACCUAUGGCAACUUUCCGCUGGCAGAUCACCUCAAGGAAAUUGAUGCCCAAUUGUCUGCCUUUGAGCAGAUCCAAGCCGACAAGGCCAACCACCGGCCGAUCGACCUGACCAGUGGCCCGAGGGAAGUCCGUCUAUUUGGCCCUGUGGACCCUCUCGUGGAUCCCAACAAGCAGUUCAAGACCUCUGUGUCUUGGGUGCUUGGUGACACGUCCAACGUUGUAGAAUCCUUUUCUUUGGCUCUGAUUUCUGCCCUGCUCACUGAUGGCUACGGAUCUCCUAUGUAUAAGGGGCUCAUUGAAGCCGGCCUGGGCACAGAUUGGAGCCCUAACACUGGCUAUGACAGCUCUGCUAAGGUUGGCAUCUUCUCGGUCGGUCUGACUGGUGUCCAGGAAGACGAUGUUCCUAAGGUCAAGCCCACGAUCCAGAAGAUCCUCCGCAAUAUGCGAGAGAAGGGCUUCGACCGCCACAAAAUCGAUGGUUAUCUGCACCAGCUUGAACUCAGCCUGAAGCACAAGACUGCCAACUUUGGCAUGUCGUUGCUGCAGCGUCUGAAGCCUAAGUGGUUCACCGGAGUCGAUCCCUUUGACUCGCUUGCCUGGAACGACACACUUGCAGCGUUCGAAGCCGAGUACGCCAAGGGUGGUUAUCUCGAAGGUUUGAUGGAUAAAUACUUGCUCAAUGACAACACCCUGACCUUCACCAUGGCUCCAUCUCCCGACUUUAUCCAGGAGAUUGCCAGGGAGGAGGAGGCUCGCUUGAAAGAACGCAUCAAUAAGGCUGUCGAGGCCCUGGGUAGCGAAGAAAAGGCGCAGCAAGAGUUUGAGGCACAGGAGUUGGCUUUGCUUGCUGAGCAGAAUAAGACAAACACCGAAGACCUCAGCUGCUUACCGAGCGUUCAUGUCAAGGACAUCCCCCGACAGAAAGAACCGGUUGUGUUGCGCCACGAGACAGUUGGAACUAUCAAACUCCAACUGCGGGAGGCCCCCACCAACGGUCUGACUUACUUCCGUGCUAUUAACACUUUGGAGAGCUUGCCUGAUGAGCUUCGGAGCCUCGUCCCGUUGUUCACUGAUUCCAUCAUGCGGCUUGGCACCAAAGACAUGACCAUGGAACAGUUGGAGGACUUGAUCAAGCUCAAGACUGGUGGUGUGUCAGUCGGUUACCAUUCUGCCUCAAGUCCGACGGACUUUACCCAGGCCGUCGAGGGCAUUGCCUUCAGCGGCAUGGCUCUUGACCGGAACGUCCCGGUAAUGUUCGAUCUCCUCCGCAAGCUUGUGGUUGAGACGAACUUUGACAGCCCGGAAGCUCCUCAGCAGAUCCGCCAGCUCCUGCAAGCUGCUGCUGAUGGCGUUGUCAACGACAUUGCCUCUUCUGGGCAUGCCUACGCCCGCAGAGCAGCUGAAGCUGGAUUGUCCAUGGACGCUUGGCUGAAGGAGCAGGUUGGCGGCCUGACGCAAGUGCGGCUGGUAACGAGCCUUGCUAGCCGGCCAGAGUCCGAUCAGUUCCGCGAUGUGAUUGAGAAGUUAAAGCGGAUUCAAGAGCUUGCUUUCGCGGGCACCAUGCGAGUUGCUAUCACAUGCGAUAGUAACAGUGUUGGCAACAAUGUCCAAGCUCUCUCGCAGUUCCUCCAGUCCCUUCCGUCGACUCCAGCCAGUUUUCCAGCUCGCAAGCCCAUCGACUUUUCGAGGAACAUUAAAUCAUUCUAUCCACUCCCAUAUCAGGUGUAUUAUGGCGCACUUGCCCUGCCGACUGUGUCAUACACAUCUGCAGACAACGCGCCGCUCUCUAUCCUGGCAUCCCUUCUGACCCACAAGCACAUGCAUCACGAAGUUAGGGAGAAAGGUGGCGCCUAUGGCGCUGGUGCCUACUCGCGUCCUCUCGACGGCGUCUUUGGCUUUUACUCCUAUCGUGAUCCCAAUCCGGUGAAUACCAUCAAUAUCAUGCGCAACGCAGGCAGGUGGGCCGUUGACAAGAAGUGGUCGGACCGCGACCUUGAAGACGCCAAGAUCUCAGUUUUCCAGGGCGUUGAUGCUCCCCGUGCCGUGAAUGAAGAAGGCAUGAGCACAUUCGUAUACGGCAUCACCGAAGAGAUGAAGCAGAAGCGGCGCGAACAGCUCCUCGAUGUCACCAAGGACCAGGUCCGCGAAGUCGCGCAAAAGUACAUCGUCGAGGCAUUGGAGAAACAGUCGGAGCGUCUCGUAUUCCUCGGUGAAAAGCGCGAAUUUGUCGACAACACCUGGACGGUGAACGAGAUGGACAUCACUCGUCCUGCCCGUUGA